AUGCUUAACCAGCAAUUCCAAGAGCCUUUUCUAGCUGUUGUUAUUGACCCAACAAGGACAGUUUCUGCUGGAAAAGUUGAUAUUGGCGCGUUUAGGACAUACCCUGAGGGGUACAAGCCUCCAGAUGAGCCCGUUUCUGAGUAUCAAACAAUCCCCUUGAACAAAAUUGAGGACUUUGGAGUGCAUUGUAAACAGUAUUAUGCAUUGGACAUCACUUAUUUCAAAUCAUCUCUCGAUUGCCAUCUUUUGGAUCUACUGUGGAAUAAGUAUUGGGUGAACACACUUUCUUCUUCUCCUCUGCUCGGAAAUGGAGACUAUGUUGCUGGCCAAAUCUCGGAUUUAGCCGAGAAAAUAGAGCAAGCUGAAAAUCAAUUAUCUCAUUCACGAUUUGGUUCCUUGAUUGCAACACCUCAAAGAAAGAAAGAGGAAGAGUCUCAACUUUCUAAGAUCACUCGUGAUAGCGCAACGAUAACUGUGGAGCAGGUUCAUGGUUUGAUGUCACAGGUCAUCAAGGACAUUCUUUUCAACUUCGUACGACAGUCCAACAAAUCUCUUGUAGAGUCAUCUGAUCCAGAACCCAUGAUCGAGACCUGA